AUGAAUGGAAAAAAGUAAAAGAAGUUGAUCACUGAAGAGUUAACAUGGGAACAACUUGUAAUCUGUGGGAAUCAAUCAUAUGAAUCAGGCAGAACUGAUGAAGCUUUACUAGAAUAUGAUAAGGCUCUUAUCCUAAAUCCAAAUAAUUCAUUAAUAUAUCAUAACAGAGGGAUUUUGUAUUAUAACAUGGAGAAAAAUGAAGAGGCAUUGCUCGAUUAUAAUAAGGCCAUUGAAUUAAAUUCAUAAGAUUCAAAAAUAUAUAAUAAUAGAGGGAACUUAUAUUCAGAUUUGGGGAGAUCGGACGAUGCAUUAAACGAUUUCAAUUAGGCCAUCAAAUUAGACCCAAACUUUUCAGAUGCAUAUAAUAGCAGAGCGAUGCUCUAUGUUGACUUAGGAAAAAAUGAUUAGGCUCUUAUUGAUUUUGGCCAAGCUAUAAAAUUAAAAGCUUAAUCAAAUAUAUUGAAAAAUAGAGGAAUCCUUUUAUUUAAUUUAAAUCAAUUUGAUGAAGCUCUGAAAGACUUUAAUGAAGCCAUAAAUCUUACUCAAAAUGAUUCCACUUUAUACCUUAAUGCUGCUAUAAUUUUAUAAGCAUAAAAUAAAAAUCAAGAAGCUUUGGAGCAUUAUAAUUUAUCAAUUAAAUUAAACACUAAUGAUUAACGGGCUUAUAAAAGCAGAGCAAUGCUUUACUCGAAUUUAGGAGAAGUCUAAUUAGCUGUAUCUGAUCUUUCUAAAGCAAUAUUGCUAAAAUCAGAUGACUUUAAUGCUUACUAUCAUAGAGGCAAGCUUAUUAUAUAUUGGAAACAAAAAUAAUUAAAUUUAGCUUUAUAGGAUUUUAACUAAUCUAUUAGGCUCAAUCCUAAAUAUUAAAAUGCAUAUGAUUGUAGGGGCUGCUUAUUUCUAGAAUUGGGUGAGAACAACAAAGCUGAAUCAGAUUUCAGCAAGUCUAUUGAAUUGAAUACAAGAAGUUCCAAUUCAUACAAUAAUCUUGGAAAUUUUUUCGUAAGCAUAGGCAAUUAUUAAGAAGCAUUAAAAAAUUAUUAAUAAGCUAUAUAGCUCGAUGCCUAUAAUUCCAUUUAUUUGAUCAAUCUCGGUUAACUGCACCUUAAGUUGAAUGAUUUUUAAUAAGCUUUUAUCUUUUUUUUACAAGCAAAUUCGCAUUUAGAUGUUAAUAAGCAGGUAUAACUUUCAAGCAUUCGAGAAAUAAUUGAAAAAAUGCUUCAAAUUUUACUUGAAAUUUUUACUGAAAUUGAAAAGGAGAAUAAAUUAAUAAUAACCUAGCCCUUAGAAUUUCAAGUCAAAUUAGAUUCUAUUAAUGAAAUCAAGUAAAUAGAAAUUAGUGUUGAAAAUUAGUUAAAAAUAAUUCUCUAACCAAUAUCUCUUUAGUCAAAAUAACAUUAAUUUAGUCAGCAAGUUGAAUAACUGCAAGAAAUAUUAGUAGAUACUCGAAUAAAAUUCUCAUUGAUUCAUUAAUCGCUUAAAAAAGAAUAAUUAGUAGAUGCAAAUUAAGAAUAAUAAUUAGAUACAAAUUAAGAUUAACAAUUAAAUCAAUAAUAAUUGCCAAAUAUUAAUAUUGCUACAAUUCAGUCAGGAAUCACUAAUUUAAAAGAAUAAAACAAUAAUCAAUAUUUUUAUUUCAAAUCCUUAUGUUACAAUCUCAUCUCUUUUAUGUAAUUUUGUUUCGAAAUUUAAAAAACCAAUAAAAUCCUUCCACAAAGCUCUAUCGAAAAGCAAAACUUAAUUCCAAAUCCAUUCUGCACAUUUAAAGAAGAAGAGUGUAUAUCCAAUAUUGAUUAAAAGGAAUCUCUCAUUGAAACAAUUUGUGAAGCGCUUGGUUACUAAGACAAUUUUAAAUAAACAAUUAUUAACAGAAACUUUGCUUAGUUGUACUAUAUUGAGAAUAAUUAUUCUGAAAAUUUAGAGAUAGAAUUUCAUCUUCUUGCGAUUGAUUUAGCAACAAAAUAAGAGGGAGUUCCUGAAAUAAACUCAUAUUUUGAUUUAGUAGAGAAAAUAUCAAAAAUUUAAAUGAAGAAUCUGCAAAUUACUUCAAACAUAUUUUGGAAAAAAGGAAUAUUAGAUUCCAUAAAAAUCAUAUAAUUUAUCGAUAAUAAUAUCAAUAGGAUUAUUUCAGAUGGGUUGUAGUACUUAAGAAUGUGGAAGGAAGAUUGUGCAAAUGAGGAGGUUGUUGUGAUUCAUUAAUCUCUAGCCGAGCAGCUGAUGGCUGAGACACCAGUAAAUGGGUAGCCAACUUACUGUUCUUUUUGUUCAAUUUCAUGA